CUGGGUUCGAUGGAACUCAGGAUGCCUGGGUUCCGAAACCCAGAGCCUAGGUUCGAUCGAACCCAGGCUCUGGGUUUCGAAUGAACCCAGUGCCUGGGUUCCAUCGAGACCCAAGCCCUGGGUUGAGACCCAAGCCCUGGGUUGGAACCCAGGCGUGGAACCAGGACGCCUCCGUUCGAAGGAACCCAGUAGGCGCUGGGUUGCAAGGGGAAAAGAAAGGAAAAGAGAAGAAAAAAGAAAAAGAAAUAAGUUUUUAAGUUUUUUGAUAUAUUAUUUUUUUUCAUGUCAUUAUUUUUUUUAUCGUGUUGUCUUUUUUUUUCAGGUAAAGCUUUCUUGCUCGCUGAAUUUGUUGUUUUCAAUUUCUGCAAUUCAAUGCAGUUUACCUGUUCUAUUCAUUUCCUGUUUCUGCUGUAUGACAGGAAUCCCUGAACUGUAACCCUAACACCAAUCCGAUCGCAGGUUGAUCAUCAUGAUGUUGAGAAUGUAUCCUUACUCUGCUGCUCCAUAUAUCAUGCCCAGGUGGAAAUAAAAAGUCCCUGGGUCCAUCUGCUGUAACUGUCAAUCCAUCUGGUGUUGAGAAAACUUUACAUGAAUGCAUACAUGAAUUGAAAAGGUGGUACGGAGACAAGCAGGGAAAAAUGUUUUGGGUUUGGGGGGAUCCUGUAUUAUCUACACAGAAUGGUUCAAGCAUCACAUGGCUGGUGAAUUUCAAUAAGUGGGAGCCAUGUGGUAAUGUGCGGUGCUGUUGUGCAACCCUUGAAAAGAUCAGUGCUAAGCGAAGAAAGCUAGAACAUUAUAACUUGCAAACCAACUAUUCAAAAUGAUUUGUGGCUGCAAGGAUCACAUGGGCUCAUCAGGAUGCAUGUACAACAGACGUGGCCGAAAGGAUUGAAAAUGAAAGAGCAUUCAGCCU